GGAGGCGCGCUGGGUUUUUAUGAAAUAACAAACCGGGCUCCAACAAUAAGAGCAGUGGACGCGUGUUUUUCAAUUUAAAAGCACUAAAUUCAAGUUUGACCAGAGGAAUUACAACAGAUCUGAAGGACGGAGCGCCUGCUCAGCUGGAACAUCUGGCAGACCCGCCAAGCUCUAAAAUGUUCAACUGCGUCUCCAACAGCGCGGGCUCCUCUGGGUCUGAUGAUCUUUUUGAGGAGGACUCCUACUCUCCAUCUUCCUUCUCCUCCUCAUCCUCCUCCUCUGUUCCCAUGGUGGGCUCGUUGCAGGGUAAAACUCUGUGCACCUCCUGCGGCCAGGAAAUUGUGGACAGAUACCUCCUUCAGGUAAAUGGCCUGUGCUGGCACGUGCGCUGCCUGUCAUGCAGUGUGUGUAACACUUCGCUGGGACGACACGUCAGCUGUUAUGUGAAAGAUACACAGGUUUUCUGCAAACUUGAUUAUUUUAGGAGGUAUGGUACUCGCUGCGCUCGGUGUGGUCGUAACAUUCACUCUACUGACUGGGUGCGUCGGGCAAAAGGUAGCACCUUCCAUCUAGCGUGUUUCUCCUGCGCCUCGUGCAAGCGCCAGCUCUCCACUGGAGAGGAGUGUGGACUGCUGGAGAACAGGGUCUUCUGUCGGCCUCACUACGACAUCGUCAUGGAGAACCUGAAGCGAUCCAAGGAAAAUGAGCAACCAAGACCGGAGGAUGGGAGUGCAAACAAAGACUCCAGUACUGUUGGCCGGCCUGCCAAGAGGGCAAGAACGAGCUUCACUGUGGAUCAGCUUCAGGUGAUGCAAGCCCAGUUCGCUAAAGAUAACAACCCAGAUGCUCAGACUCUGCAAAGGCUGGCUGAAAAGACUGGACUUAGCCGCAGAGUGAUUCAGGUCUGGUUUCAGAAUUGUCGGGCUCGUCAGAAGAAGCAUAUCAACCCAAAUCACGGCUCUUCAGGCAUGUUGACAUCGAUUGGUUCAGGCCAGCUGACUCCACCACUGAUGGACAAUCUACAAUAUACAACUUAUAUUAAUCCUGACCCUCCUCUGCUUACGACUCUCACUUAUAUGGAUGUUCAAACUCCCGACCCCCUUUUGCUUCAGCCUCUCCUGUCUCAUCCAUUGACACAACUGCCCAUCAAUCACACCUGAGUCUCAGCUCACCUGCUGAGAAGUAAAGCUCAUCGGUUUAAGGGAAGAAUGAAGAUGUGUGGGGGUGGACACCACUGGUUUAAAAACGUGGGGUUUGCAUGAGUUUAUCACAAAUGAUUGCACUGAAUUGUCACUACUGCCUAACGUGUGCACAUACUUAGAAUAAUAAAGGGGUUGAAACUAGAGUAAUACUCUUAAAGGGAUUCAAAUAUGACGUGUAAAAGAUGUAGUUUUCUUUUUUGGAAAAAUAAACUUGUGUUAAUGUGUCAUGAAUUUAUGUAUUUAAUUUAUUCUGAGAAUUUGCUCAGAUAAGGCACUUUGUUUGAAUGAAAUGAAAAAAACUGCUUUUGUUUUCAGAAAUGUAAUCUAAAGAUUGUUUUUUUUUUUCAGCAUGGGUUAAAAUAAAUAAGCUGCAAAAAAUAUAUGCAUGCAGGAACUGUACUCUUUGUGUUAUCUUGGUGUAGACACAUGCACAGUGAGCUUAUCAACCAGUUUGGGCUGCCUAUUUUUUUUUUUUUACUCUGAUAUUUAAAUUCUGUCUCACCUUCCAUCUAGAAUUGUUACAUUUUUUAUGUUUGUGUUACAGAAAAGUAUGCAAUGAAGUGAUGCAUUAUUUCAAUUGACUAUUAUUGUGGAAAUUCACUUGGAACAAUGUGCAAAGAGAAAGAUUCUUUGUUUAAGAACAGCGGCUACAUGAGUAUUCUUCAAUUUUUAUUUUUUUAUUAUUUUGAUUUAAAUGUAAAGUGAAAAGAACAUGCAAGAUAUUUGUAAGGUAAAUGUAUUUUUGUUUGGAUCAAAGUAAUGAAUUUGUGAUAACAGUUUUUGUUUAAUUUUCAAAUAACCUAAAGUCACCUCAUCUUGAUCUCUACUGCUGUGGAAGCUUGUGACUUUGAAUAAAUGAAGCAUCAUUUUAGAAAAUA